GUACAUUUACACCAACCCUUUCAGCUUCCACACCUAAGAGCCAGGCUGCAAGGAAUUUAUUAUAAUGUGCUGUGGCGUCACAAAGACACACGUGCAACGGAGAGGGUGUAUGGAUGUGAAGCAUCUGUUGGGGACUGAAGAGGUUUGUCAGCGCAUUCUUUCUCCAACUGGAAGGACCUGAAGUAACCUGUGAAGCUGCGGGUUUGGUGGCACCUGUCCCUGUAUACUUCAAGGCAAAGGCAAGGGGCACCCUGGACUGCUUGCCAGUCAAAUAUCUAAACACACAAACUAAACCACAAGGACGGAGAACAUCAAAGUCAAACAAUGGAGGAUCAAUCUUCCAAUAAGUCAACUAGUCAGGGUUUUGUCCUUUUGGACUACGUUGUUUUUGUAGCAAUGCUACUGAUUUCUAUGGCUAUAGGACUUUUCCAGGCUCUGAAAAAGAAAUCAGCUGAUGCCAGCGCCAGGGAUUUCUUCACCGGAGGUCAAAGUAUGCCUGCUUUGCCUGUCGGACUGUCGCUUUGUGCCAGCUUCAUGUCAGCGGUCCAGGUUCUGGGUGUUCCGUCUGAAGGCUUACGCUACGGUUUUAAAUUCCUCUAUAUGUGCCUGGGACAAACCAUCAACUCCCUGCUGACAGCCUACCUGUUCCUGCCGGUUUUCUUUCGCCUGGGCAUCACCAGCACGAAUCAGUAUCUGGAGAUGAGAUUUGGCAGAGGGAUGCAGCUGCUGGGAAGUUUCCAGUUUCUGGUAGCAACGCUGCUUUACACAGGGAUUGUCAUCUAUGCACCUGCUUUGAUAUUGAACCAAGCCACGGGGCUUAACAUGUGGGUGUCUCUGUUUUCCACUGGUAUAAUCUGCACGUUGUACACCACACUGGGUGGCAUGAGGGCUGUGAUCUGGACUGACGUCUUCCAGGUCAUGGUGAUGUUGUUGGGUUUUGUUGCAAUUUACAUCCGUGGCACAAUUCUGGUUGGUGGACCUGCACGAGUUCUGGAGAUUGCCAAUAAUGGAUCACGUAUAAAUUUCAAUGAUUUUGAUGUUGACCCACGAAAGCGCUACACCUUCUGGAGCCUCACUGUCGGGGGUGCGAUGGUUUGGUUGUCAAUGUACGGGGUCAACCAAGCUCAAGUCCAGCGGUACAUCUCCUGCCGGACGGAGCGGGAUGCCCAACUGGCCCUGCUUGUGAACCAGGUUGGUUUGUGUCUCAUAGUGAGCAGUGCAGCGACCUGCGGCAUUGUCAUGUUUGCUUACUAUAACAACUGUGACCCACUGAAAUCUGGGAAGAUUUCGGCUCCUGAUCUGUACAUGCCAUACUUUGUCCUGGAGAUAUUUCAAAAUCAUCCAGGAUUUCCAGGGCUUUUCCUUGCCUGUGCAUACAGCGGGACUCUGAGCACAGCUUCCACAAGCAUAAACGCCAUGGCUGCAGUGACCAUGGAGGACCUGCUGCAUCCGCAUCUGCUCCAAACCUCACAGAGGAAACUUGUUCUUGUUUCCAAAGGACUGUCAUUACUAUAUGGAGCUGGCUGCAUCACCGUGGCGUCUCUCUGUUCUUUUUUGGACUGGGGGGUUCUGCAGGGCUCCUUUACUGUCAUGGGUGUAGUCAGUGGUCCAGUCCUGGGUGUAUUCAUCCUGGGAAUGUUUGUCCCGGCUUCUAACAAGCUGGGAGCGUUCUCUGGGAUAGCGGUGGGAUUCUGCGUUUCAUUGUGGCUGGCUGUGGGUUCAACUCUUUACCCACCUACUGAGGAAACAAUGGGUGUCCUUCCAAGCUUCUCUGGAGGCUGUGAGCCCAGUAACAUCACCCUGAGCAGCAUUUCCAACCAAGACCAGCUCUCCAUCUCCACUGCACUUCAUCCCAAAGAGGAAGGGGGCAUUAAGAACUUCUACUCCAUAUCUUACCUCUACUUUGGAGCCAUGGCCACCAGUUCAGUUAUAAUUGUUGGUUUAAUAAUAAGCUAUGCAACAGGGCCAACCAAGAGGAGUCUAAUUAAAGAAGGUUUGCUGUGGUGGGAUCUGAACAAAAACAAAGAAAAUAUCCCAUCUGAGCGCAGGAAGACUGAAACAAUGUCCAAAGCCUUACCUUGCCUUCAACAAAAUGCAUGCUGGGAAACAGAGCAGGCACCUUCCAGCCCAAUGUACAAUAACCAGAGUCACAGGGGGUCAGAGAAUCUACAGGUGGUGUCUCUUAUAAACCUGCACAAAGACAAUGUCCUGUGAGCAAAGUUAAAGAAUAUCACAAAAUAAACUUAAAUGGCAUUAAUUUUCUGAGGUAUUGAAACAUUUGGGCCUUUCUGCCUUGUGCUGUAGCUGAGCUUUUAUUUAAGUGGUUUCAGUCACUGCUUUUUUCACAGAACUCUUCCGUAGCCUCCAAUGCACUUUAAAAAUCUUUCUAACAUCUGAUGAAGUAAAAUAUAUACCUUAAAUUCUGUUUGUCCCUGCAUUGUACCUCCUCCUGGAUGAUGAAGAAGGUCAUGUUUAAAGAGCCGGAAGGUUUUUUUUUUCCAGUCUUUCAUACUUUUAUCUUAAAAGUCAAGCAACUCAGAGCUUUUUAUUUUGCAGCAGGAAAUGUGAAGCCGUAGGAAACUUUGUACAACCACAACAGGUUUAGACAUGCAGUUAGAAAUGGCUCAAGUGAAUCGACGCCCAGGAAGGAAGUCACUCAAAAUACAUUGACAUCAAAAAUUGGCAGCAUUUUUUAGAAAGAAACCUAUUUUUAGCCUGAUUAUAAACUAUAUGGUCAUUAACUUGUUUUUUAUGAUUUCAAGUGACUUUUGAGGAUUUUUUUGUAACAAUUGUCAUGUUCUGUAAUGGCAUGGGACAAACUUUUGCAACAGUGAUGAAUAAAUUAUAUUCCACAACA